UUCACACCCGGGGAAGGACCGCGCGCUCCCACACCCGCCUCUCUCCCGCCUUCCCCUGGCGCACACGAGUUCCGCCCUCUGCCUCCAUUCGGUCAACUUGUCGGCGGUAACCGUCCAGCGGGGAUCGAUGCUGCGUUGAGUGAAAACGGCUCCUGAAGGAUUCUUUUUUUUUUCUUCCUCUCUCGGUACCGGGAGCGAGGACAGAGCGUCAGCACAGCGAGGCCCCGCCCCCUCGCUCAGCCGGUGACAUUGGCACAUCGGUAGUUGUGGUGUCGUGUAGUGUAUUGCCGUGCCGCUGCUGCCGUGCACGAGUCCAUGUGUGUACACUGACGUUGUGCUCCUAGAGCGUCGGCUGCAAUGGGCGACCACUUCAGCCUGUCGGACUGCGAUGUAAUCGGCUUCGACCUGGACCACACGCUCUGCCGCUACCAUCUGAAGGAGACCUCCAGGCUCAUCUAUGAGAGCUUUGCUGGGUACCUGGUGGAGCAUAAAGGCUAUGACAAAGACCUGCUGAACCUAACCCCGGCUACCUGGGAUUUCUGUUUUAAAGGAUUAGUGGUGGAUCUGGAGGAUGGAAACCUUGUGAAGCUGGCUGAAGAUGGAACCGUCCUGCGAGCAACACAUGGAUCCAAUGACCUCAGUACAGAAGAGAUCAUCAAGCAUUAUGGUCCUAAAAGGGAGUGGAAACACUUUAACAGUCUCAAUACCUCCUUCACCAGAUCUGCAAAGUACUAUUUCUAUGACAACUAUUUUGAUCUACCUGGGGCUCUUCUCUGCGGAAGAGUUGUGGAUAUGCUGCACAAGCGAGGAAACGAGGUGAAUUCUGACUUUUGGAAGGACAUGGUUGCUGCCAUUGACCACAAUUACAACACAUCUGCAUUCAAAGAGGAUGCAGGGACCUACUUCCCCAGUGUGAAGAGGGACCCAGGCCGGUACCUGCAGCCCUGCUCUGACUCUGUCAAGACCUGGCUGCAGAGCAUGAAGAAUGCCGGGAAGGUCCUCCUCCUCAUAACCAGCUCUCACAGCGACUACUGCAGGCUCAUCUGUGAACACAUCCUGGGGAAGGAUUUCGAGGAGCUGUUUGACAUCAUCAUCACAAACGCCCUGAAGCCCGGUUUCUUCUCCUUGGUGCCCCAGCAGAGGCCCUUCAGGACCCUCGUCAAUGACGUGGAGGAGAGGGAGGGGCUACCUUCGCUGGACAAGCCUGGCUGGUACUCCCAGGGCAACUGGCCCCACCUCCAUGAACUGCUGAAAACCAUGAUGGGGAAACCAGAGCCCAAGAUAGUGUAUUUUGGAGACAGCAUGAGGUCAGACAUGUUCCCCGCCAGCAGCUUUGGGAAGUGGGACACAGUGAUGAUAGUUGAGGAAAUGGAGGGGGAGGGUAUCCCGAAGAGCGUCGCGGCGAUGUCUAAUGAGGCCCAAGUGGAGCCGCUGGAGAAAAAGGGAAAGUUUGAGGAGCAGGGCAUGAAGUCACCCUCUGCCUUGUCCAACCAGUGGGGCUCUUACUUUGUCGACGUACACAGAGGUGGAGGAGGGGAUGAGGAGUGCCAGAAACUGACCUGGUGCUGCCACUGCAUUCACAAAUACAGCACCAUGGCCAUCCCCAGUGUUGAGCACAUAGCAGAUCUCCCUCUGGAUUACAAGUUCCCCAGGUUUUCUCCUGACAAGCCCUGCACCACUGGCUACUACCCCAGGCCCCCGGAUUCUCUGCUGAAGAGGUUCGAGAGUCUGUCAUAAAAAAAGAAAAAGUCUGGAAAAAAAAAUAAAAGUUCUCCCUUACCCCUCGGCCUCAGGAGAGGAAUGUGCCUCCAUAUUUGCCUGUAGUUUCCCACCUGACCCCCAUCUGGGGAGCACAGGAAGCAUACACUCCUCACCCAUUCAGAGAAACCAUGUGAAUGUAAGCCACAGUAUCUCUGUAAUAACGCCUGAACGUUGUUUCGUGGUUUAGUGUACCUUAUACGUGGAAAUACGACAAAAUAAGUGUGCGUGUGUGUCUGCAUACAGUAAUAAUAAGACAUAAAGUGUUUUCAUUGUUCAAUGUGUGAAGCCCCCUAUAAUUUUCUAUGGUUCAUUGUUUUAAAAUGAUUAUUUCUUUCUGAAAAAAUGUGAAUACUUUACAACCUCUUUUUUCCCCCCUAAAGGGAUUACCUCAUGAAUGUUAUCUACUGUAAGCAGAACCUAGAUGGUCACAGUGUUUGUCCCUCAAUAUCCUCUGGAAUCGUUGUGGCAGUAUUUCUGUAUAACACUCUUAUUUCUGUAAAAAAAAAAAUUCAAACAUAGUUUGACACUAGCGUUUUUGUAACCUUAAAAUGUGUCAGUUUCGUGGAAGGUGUUAAUCUUCAGGUCAUUGUUGCUAAAGAAUUGGCACAAUGCUGUCCUUUGUGUUACUGUUUCAAAAAAACACAACCUUGGGAAACAAUAAUUAUAACAAUAAUGAGUGAUGAAGACUAUAUUAGAUGUUCUCUGUAUUAUUUUUGGUGCAGCAGUGACAUGUGAGUGAUAAAAAUGUGGACUACUUGUGCUUCAUUUAUAUGCAGUACCAGACAGAGAUUUACUUUAACCAACCAUUGAAUGGUUAUUUUGUCGGUGUGCAUAGACGAGUUGUGCCAUGAUAUUUAAGGAACACUCAGUUUGGGACAAAUCUGUGGACGCAUGCUUGUUUGUGUCACAGAAGAUUGAUAUCAUGAGGGAAGUGUUUACCCUGACUUAGCACUAAGACUGGAAGUACAGCAAAGCUGUUUCCCUUAGUCCAAAGUCAAAAAUACAACUUGUGACUAUACCCCAAAAGGUUUUGUCUUGAUAGAUGGCAAGCUUUCACAACUCCAAGAGUCACUUCCACAGGAUACCUGUGUUUAUUUGACUAUAUUUGGUACUGUGGGCAAUUUGGAAGUUCUCAUUGAUCCCCUUGGUUGGUACUAACUGAGAACUGACCUAGGGACGAAAGUGUGCCAGGUCCAAAUUACAUUCGGUCUACCUGCAUCCGAGUAUGGACCCAUUCCAUUCCUGAGACUUUGGUCUGCAUGUCCAUUUAUCUUACUUGAGGGGAUUCAAGUUUACUUGCAAUUAGCUAUCAUCUUUGGGUCAAUCCAUCUAAGACUGACUAUUCCUUGUUCAGUUCAGGUCGAAUGGAUUUAGGGGGGAGACAAUGAAUUUUAAACAUCAAAUAAUUAUUCAGAAUAGUUUGAGCAAAGCCAGUAAACAGCUUAACCAUUGACUACGACUUUUCAAAAUACAGUAACAAAUCCACAAUAUUUCUCAGAUGGUUUGGUAUCAUUUGUUCAGCAGAGUUGGCUAAUUUACAUUAGCGAAGGGAACAACAAUUGUGUAUUUUACUAAUGGGGUUGGCAACAAGUAACCAAAUAUAUUACAAUUGUCCUUCACUGGAGCACAAGAUAGGCCUGUUGCACUUAUACACUGUGAACAAAACAUGAAUUCCACUGGAGUCAAACGCUAAGACAACAGUUGCAGUUUCAAAGUUAGGCUAGAAAUCUGAGCUGUUGAAUUUCAAAUAAAAAUCCACAGCCGUACCGCACACGGUCACUCGAGGUAAUUCUUAUUCAACACUUAAUUGUUAAUUAUUUUGUUUCAACACGUUUUACAGUCAGAUUAAAUAACAUGUAGUAACAUGUACAUAAAACGUUGGUUAGAGGUUGUUUUAAGUAUUUUUGAGAGCCAGAGCGGAUUUGUGGCUAUAGUUGCUAGCUAGCCAGUCGUUGUGCUAAGCUGGACUAAUCGUCCCGGGACUCUCAAUGCUGAGCACACAGAGAUAACACUGGUUUCACUCUUCUCAUUGGGCUCUGAGUAAAUCAUUACACAAGGAGAUCUCUCAAAUGUAAGUGUUCCUGUUAGAUCACCAUUGUCUCACAAAUGAAGAGAGAACGUGAGACUGUCAUCCCAAAUGAAUUAUUACUUGCGCUGUGUGUGCAUACAGCUGUAGUGAUUGUUCUCUUCUUUUCUCAUCUGACCUGGAACAUUUGACAUGCACAUCUGCCUUAUGUUGGAUUCAUUUGUGGUCUUAAGUCCUUGAAAACACAGCGGAAGUGAAAUUCUGUGUUCAAGUGUUGAAAUACUGUCAAUGAAAUAAAAUGUAUGACAAUUUUCUCAAGUA